GAUUUAAAGAGAAAGAACUCCCUUUGCCCUCCUGCGCGGUCGGGGGCGGUGCCUAAAGCAGGAAGAGCCGUGGGAGGCCCGGGGAAGGGCCGCGGAGACUGACCCGCAGGGGCUCGCGCUUGUCCCCCAACUCCGGCCCUAGCGAGGUGCCCCGCUCCACGUCCUGCGCUGCCUGAGGCCCCGCCAUGGCCCAGCAGAGAGCCCUGCCGCAGAGCAAGGAGACGCUGCUGCAGUCUUACAACAAGCGGCUUAAGGACGAUGUCAAGUCCAUCAUGGACAACUUCACUGAGAUCAUCAAGACCGCCAAGAUUGAGGACGAGACGCAGGUGUCGAGGGCCACUCAGGGCGAGCAGGACAACUACGAGAUGCACGUGAGAGCUGCCAACAUCGUGAGUCACCAGGUCCGAGCCGGCGAGUCCCUGAUGAAGCUGGUGUCUGACCUCAAGCAGUUCCUCAUCCUCAACGACUUCCCGUCGGUGAACGAGGCCAUCGACCAGCGUAACCAGCAGCUGCGAGCCCUGCAGGAGGAGUGUGACCGGAAGCUCAUCGCGCUGCGGGACGAGGUCUCCAUCGACCUGUACGAGCUGGAGGAGGAGUAUUACUCGUCCAGCUCAAGUCUAUGCGAAGCUAAUGAUCUGCCUCUGUGCGAAGCUUACUGGAGGCUGGACCCGGACACAGACUCCACUGACUGCCUCUCAGCCCCUCUGCUCGCAUCCCCGGAGCCCAGUGCUGGCGGCCCCCUGCAGGCUGCAGCCCCCACCCACUCCCACGCUGGUGGCCCCGGGCCCACGGAGCACGCCUGAGCCCCCCAGAGCUCCCCUACCCCCCACCCCCGGGCCCCGGGAUCUUCGGAACGACAUCCAGUCCUCACCACAGGCUCAACUCCCUGCAGCCCUGGUUCCCACUUGGGGAGCCACUGUGGCUUCUUUGGGAACCUUGUCAGCCCAGGGACAGCCCACCUAGGAGUGCUGGGGGGAGGAGUGCCCCCACCAUCCCAGGGUGGCCUAUCCUUCUGAUUUGCUACUUUCUGGGCUGGCCAGGAGGGCGUUUCCAGGAGAGUUUGUCCCGUUGAGGCCCUAGCAGCAGGGCAGGAGGAUGCCCAGUGUUGGGAAACCUGAUCUGUGCAUACUGUUUACCAUGGGGGGAGGGGGAGGUGCUCAUAGUGGACAGUACUAGCCAAGGACCGGCCUCCACGCACAGCUCUGCACACUACCUCACGUUGAGGCUCCUCUGCUAGCUGACUGCCCCUGCAGAGCUGUGGGGAAAGGGGGCUUCCCACUCUCAUGGAAGUCAGGCAGGGUUCUUCCUUAUUCUGCUGCUGCAUAUGUUUGUGUUUUUUUGUAAUAAAAGACUGUUGAAUAAAACCAUCUCUGCCCUUUGG